GUUAAGCAGGAGUCUCAGCUCGUCGCAGCGUAUUAGCUGAAGCGUGUCAACGAUCUCUUCUCCUUCUCCUUCUCCUUCGCCUUUGUAGCUAGCAGAUUGAUCGCCAUAGCUGCUACAGCGAUGGCGUCUGCACGUGUGUUCCUGCUUAUGGUGUGCGUAGCGAUGGUUUUCUCGUGCUCGGCAGCAGCGCCCAAGGAUCUGUGGACCACUCUUCUGAGCGACCAGCGCUUCAGCAUUAUCACGAAGGGGUUCAAGGACAUUGAGGAGGUGCAAUCUCUAAAGGAUCGCGCCGACGGCUCGGUGCCAUUUGUCUUCGUUGCACAGACGGAUGACAAUUUCAUGACAGAGCUCGGCGGGCUUACAGUGGCUUGCAUGACGUCUCCGUCGCAAGUGAAGAACAGCUUCGCUCAGAUUCUGCGGUUCCUGCAGGUACCGGUGGCGGAGCCGGUGAAGACGGCCGCUGACUUGGCCGCGCUCGCUAAGAAGACCGGCAACAAGCUGCCCACCGUCAACGGCAUGCCAAUCGUUGUGGAAUCUGAACCAUCAGAUUCCACGGUACUUGUAUCUGGCGACGAGAGCAGCAUGGACAACUCAGCCAUGAUCGCAGAAGUGAUUGAGAUCAAUCCGAAGCUGCUGAUGAUGAUGAUGGUGAUGAUGAUGGGAGAUGGAGGAGGUGUGGCGACGACGCCGCACCGAAGUGCAGCGGCAGGCGGCGAAGAAGCUGCCCGCCCUUCGAGUCGGCCGAUCCAAAGGAGUAAUGAUAUGUUGAGUUUCAGAGACAAAUCUUGUCGAAGCAGCGGACGGUGAGGAUUGGUCUUGCAGCUGUGAGCAGUUAUUCGUUGAUAACUUGUUUGAGAUGUGUAUAGGUUAGCUUAGGUGUCAGGCUAUCAUCGCUUGCAAGCGGUGAUUGUGUCUGCAUCGCCAUUGACCAAGCCGGUUCUGAUAGUUCCGGCAUCGCCAGUGACCGUAAUAUCUCUCUUCUCAUCCUCCUCCUCCUCCUCCUCCUCCUCCUCCUCCUAUUCUCUUCCUCGACCUCCUCCUUGUCCUCCUCUUUCGUCUUGAUCAACUUCUUCGUCCUUUUAAACAGGGACUUUCUUAUACACUCGAAACACUGGAAAUGCUACGUGGUGAUAUUUUUUGCAGUACUUCGGUACCACUUGAACGCAAAUUUAGAUUCAAUUUCUCAUAAUUGGGUGUGUUUUUAAGAAAGAGCGGCGCGCACAUUGUGGAGUCUGGCGUGACGGACUUGUCAAGAGACGUCGAUCGAGCUUUCGUAAUAAUUAUGCUCGUUUGUAAGAGACAAACCUCCACUUCAAUAAAACAUUACAGCGGCUGCUGGUGUCUGAACCAAUUGAUGUAAAACAAAGCAAAUGUUUAUCA